GGAGCAUCCGUGUUUUGGAUUGAAACGUGUGACUCAAACGUCAGUUGCGUCUGAAACACGUUGCACGUUAUUGAGGAUAGUUAAAAUGAAGUGAAUAACGUAUGUUCUCCCACUUGUUUUAAAGUUAUGUAGAGAAUCAUAUUUGGUUUGAAGAUGACCGAGACGUCGCAGCGGGGACUUCUGGAAUUUAGUCCAAUAAAGAAAGAAGACAGUAACAAAGAAAACGACGUACCCGUUUUGAGCUUGAUUCAGUUCUCAAGGGCUCCGUUUGUUAUCUUUGGAACCGUGAAGUUGGGAACAUCAAAAUCAUCACUUCUUCGUAUUGAGAAUCCCAUCGACGACGCUGUGGCGGAAGUUACAAUUGAAAAAAUUUCAUCAACUAAAGGAUUUUCUGCUAGCCACAAUAGAUUCAUUAUUCAGCCGGACAGCACCUUUACUCUCACAAUUACUUGGACCCCAGCAGAGGAAGGCGGUAUUAGAGAGCUGAUCGUCUUCAGUGCAAAUGGGGUACUUAAACACCAAGCUGUUCUCCUGGGAAGAGCCGAAGCAACCAAGAAAAAAAAGAAAAGCUUAUGGGACUCUAUCAAAAAUAAUAGGGCAGCAAAUCUAACAGCGACGCCCAGAUGCAAAAACAAUGAUGCCACCUUGAAGAUCACCGCAAAUAAAACCUUCCAGGUGCCUCGGAAGGCACACUACAAGCGUGAAAAGCCCAGUAACCCCCUCACGUUGUUCAAUGAGGGGGUAGCCCUUAGAGAGAGGUCCCUCUCUGAAACCAGAUCUGUUGAAGAUGGUCAAAAGCACCAGCGACCUCCUAAGGGCACUCGGAGGCCCAAGGGUUUGGCUGGGUCUGACCAGGCUCAAGUCAGACAUGGCCAGGAGAACACUCCUGUCUUGCUGCUUUAUCCAGCUGCUGAACUUGCAGAUCUGAGCAAUGGUUCAGCUGUCCUGCUGGACUUAUUGGGCACAUCUGACCACCCGGGUUUGACCAGGGUGCUAAACAGGACCCUCUCACCAGUUGGUACACCAGAGGUGUUCAGAAGGCUCAUGCCACAUAUUCAGUCCCUCGGCAGCCCAGUGAUUGAAGCCUUACCAGCCAGUGAGAAUGUCAGGGAGCCAUCUGUUGACCCUGAAGCGCAGCCAUUGGCUCCAACUUUGACGGUGAGUGACGCCCUGGCUCUCAUCGAUUCUGAUCUCGACACGGGGAUCACACACUCCAGCUGUGACAUUUUCUCAGAUUCCCUGGAUUCUGCGGGUGGUAGUCCCGGCCUUGUGCCUGUGAAACCGUUGCUCAACGUGAUCCCAGAUAGCCCAGAUCCGUCAGAAUGCAAUGGGCAGAGGUGUACUUUCUUUGUCAGCAAAAACAAAGCUACCAGCCCGCGGCACGGACCCCCUACCCCCGUCAUCUUUCCCUUCACCUCCCCGCCGGAACUUUCCUCCUCCCUCAUGCAUCCUAGGGUCAGUCUCACCGCCACGUCUCUGUCGUCUUUGCCGCCUUCCCCUUGCACUUUGCCUCCAUUUUUCCGCCCACUCUCCUCUCCUGUCUCGGUCCCCCUGAUGUUAAAAGAAUCAUCUUCUCCAGCUGGUUUCCUCCUUUUGCCCGUUUGCCCCAAAACGAGUGAAGCGUUACCGCCGAGUGUGUCCAACCCAGCUGGAUCAUCACCAGCAGCAGCAGCAGUAACAUCACCAUUGUCGCCGCCACCACCCCCUUUUUCUAAGGAGGUCUUGAUGUUUCCCGUGCACACAAAGACCCAGCUGGACCUGGCAAAGAAUAAGAAGAGGAAGAGCGACGAGUACUUGAGGAGUGAAGAGAGGGUCGGGGAUGUGACGAGACCGGACCUUGUCAAGAGGAGCAGAGUCGUCACUACCACAACGAGGGAAAGUAUAAGGCCACUGCGUGAGAAGAAGCGUGUUGUGGAGAAGCCCCAACGCCAGCAUGGUUCGUCAGUUUUGGUCCGCUCUACCUCAGCGUCAUCCAUGAAGAGCACAAGAGCAGUGGUUCCAGCAACUAGUGCACUGUCGCUGAAGGCUUUUCGCACUGUACCAAUAAGGACUGCAAAGGUUGUUGCCGUGGCUCAGGCAAAGUUGACCUUCAUUAAACAAACUCAAACAGCCAUUCCAAGACACCCGAUGCCGUUUGCAGCCAAGAACAUGUUCUAUGACGAGAGGUGGAUCGAGAAGCAGGAAAGUGGCUUCACUUGCUGGAUCAACUACAUCCUUACCCCGGAUGACUUUAAAGUCAACCUGGAAGUCAACAAAGUGAACGCUAUAUCCAUUGCCAUGGGGAGUGACGACAAGUACAGUGUCCCCAAAGCGCCCACCAAAGAAGAGCUGUCCUUCAGCACAUAUACCGCCAGCCGCAGGUUAAACCGCCUGCGGCGCAACGCCUGCCAGCUAUUCACCUCGGAGGUCAUGGUCAAGGCCAUCCAGAGGCUGGAGUUGGAGGUGGAAGCCAAGAGACUGCUGGUCCGCAAAGACCGCCAUCUUUGGAAAGAUAUAGGUGAACGGCAAAAAGUCCUUAACUGGCUGCUUUCAUACAAUCCCCUCUGGUUACGCAUCGGACUGGAGACAAUCUUUGGAGAGCUGAUCCCGCUGGAGAGCAACAGCGACGUCUUGGGUCUGGCAAUGUUCAUCCUCACGCGGUUGCUUUGGAAUCCUGACAUUGCCACCGAAUUCAGACACGCUAAAGUGCCUCACUUGUACAAAGACGGCCAUGAGGAGGUGCUGUCACGCUUCACUCUGAAGAAGCUCCUCCUGCUUGUGUGUUUCCUGGACAAGGCCAAAGAGUCCCGUCUGAUCGAGCACGACCCAUGUUUGUUCUGCAUGGACGCGGAGUUCAAGACUAGUAAGGACUUGAUGUUGAGCUUCUCCAGGGACUUCUUGAGUGGUGAGGGCAACCUCCCUCGACACAUGGGUUACAUUGGCCUACCUGUUUCCCACGUGCAGACGCCCCUUGAUGAGUUUAACUUUGCCGUCAAGAAUCUGGCAGUGGACCUGAAAUGCGGGAUUCGUCUAGUGCGUGUGAUGGAGCUCUUCCUCCAGGACUGGAGUCUAUCCCGCAGGCUUCGGUUGCCUGCCAUCAGCCGCCUGCAGAAGGUCCACAACGUGGACAUCGCUUUCCAGGUUCUCAAAGCCAAGGGCGUCGACCUCAGAGAUGAGCAAGGCUCAAUCAUUGACUCCAGAGACAUUGUGGAUGGACACCGAGAAAAGACUCUAAGCCUUCUGUGGAAAAUUAUCUUUGCUUUCCAGGUGGAAGUGAUUUUGGAUGAGACCCAGUUGCGUGAAGAGAUAGGCUUUCUGAAGAGCACCCUGAGGACCAAGCAGAAGCUGGCCUCUCUGAAGGCCGACCACGGCCUUCAGCAAAGCAGUGCUGGAAGGGGGCCGGCCCCAUUGCAUUUUCAAACCAGCAGCACCAAGAUCGGCCUGCUGAUGGAGUGGAUCAAUGCUGUCUGUGACUACUACAAUCUGAGGGUGGAAAACUUCACUGUGUCUUUCUCAGAUGGCCGGGUACUCUGUUACCUGAUUCACCACUAUCACCCUGAAAUCCUGCAAGAGCAGGCCAUUAGCCACAGCACCACACAGACUGUGGACUGUUCCCCUCUGGGCCGUGUUGAGCUGGACUGCUCCAACAGCGACUCGGACAGCUCCUUCAACAUCCACCCAUCCGUCCACAAAGGCCUGGAAUCUCCCUCGUUUGAAUUCAAAGAUCUCCUUGAAAAGGAGAAGAACAACUUCAGACUGGUCAACAGUGCGGUUGCGUUCCUUGGGGGAGUUCCGGCCAUGAUCAACCCCACCGACAUGUCCAACACCAUUCCAAAUGAAAAGGUCGUGACAUCAUAUCUUUCAUUCCUCUGCUCCCGUCUCUUGGACUUGCGAAACGAGACAAGAGCUGCUCGUGUCAUCCAGGGGGCUUGGAGGAAUUACAGGCUGAUGAAGGACCUAGUGCUUUAUCAGCAAAGAAAUGUGGCAGCAGCCAAAAUCCAGGUGCUUGUAAAGAGCUUUCUACAGAGACGCAGGGCAGAGCGGGAGAGGUCUGCAGCAAUUCUCAUCCAAGCCAGGUGGAGGGGUUACGCAGCUCGCAAUGCACUGAGGCAAAAGAGAGAGGCUCAACUUUGGGCUCUGCAACAUGAUGCAGCAACAAUCAUCCAGGCUCGGUGGAAAAUGUACUCUGCAAAGAGAUCCUACCAGUGCCUUCGAUAUCAUGUUGUUAUUGUCCAGGCACAAUGGCGUAUGAGGAGGGCGGCAAUUUCCUACUGCAAGAUUCACUUGGCUACGACACUCAUCCAGACAUACACGCGUGCUUGGGCCAUGGCGCGAAGAGAGCGAGGAAAGUACAUAUCACUGAGAACCGCAGCAGUUAAAAUACAGAGAGGUUUCCGGAGAUGGAGAGCCCUGAGAUUGGCUCGGAAACGUAGAGCAGCUAUAGUAAUCCAAGCAGCAUUUCGGAAAUGGCACUUGGAAAAAGAGACCCAAAGAUCAGCUUCCGCCCUGAAGAUACAGUCUUGGUACAGGAUGCUCAGGUGUGUCCGUCAAUUCUUGACCCUCAGGACAAGUGCAGUUUUAAUCCAGGCUCUCUUCAGAGGUCGUGCCCAGAGGAGCCACUUGCAGACAUUGAUGCUCCAGCAGCGCUCAACCCUUGUAAUCCAAAGUGCAUUCAGAGGGCACGCAGUCAGAAAGCACCUGGCCAAGAAGAGACUAGCUGCAGUUAUUGUGCAGCGUUGGUUCCGUGCCUGUGUGAAAAGAAACUUGGAAAGGCAGAGCUUUUUAACACUGAAGCAUGCUGCCAUUACCAUACAGGCAUUGCAUCGCGGGAACACAGCACGUGGGUUUUUGAGAAAAAAGUGCUCUGCAGCAACUGUAAUCCAGGCAGCUUUCAGGAGGUUUGCUGCUGAAAGGCGCUUCCUGGCUCUGAAAACAGCCACGACAGUCAUCCAGCAAUGGUAUAGGGCAAUGAUUUUGGCCCACAAGACGAGGGAGGAGUAUAAGGCCCUCAAGGGCUCAGCAGUCGUCAUUCAAAGAGUAUGGAGAGGGAGGGCAGAUAGGAAGAGGCUUGAGAGGCUGCAUGAAUACGCAACACUUAUUCAAGCCAGCUACCGGAGACACAGAGCACAGGAACUGUAUAGGUCAACUAAAUUGGCAGCUGUAGUCUUACAAUAUCAUUUCAGAGCUUGCAUGGGGAGAAAAUUACAGAGGGCAGAAUACCUUCAGCUGAAAGCGGCUGCCAUUACCCUCCAAGCCAACUUUCGGGGUAUGAAAGUAAGGAUGCAGCUGGACAGAAAGCACCGUGCGGCCACGCUCAUUCAGUCUGUUGGAAGAAUGUUGAUUUGCCGGAAGCGAUAUUUGCUCCUUCAAAGUGCAACAAUUAUUGUCCAAAGUCGGUACAGGGCACUAAUAGAGGGCAGAGUUCAACAGUUUGAGUACCGGCAGCAACGGCAGGCCGCUAUAAACAUUCAAGCCACCUACAGGGGGUCUCGAGUUAGAAGAGGGCUGAGAAAGCAGCACACCGCUGCCACGGCCAUACAAGCUCAUUUCAGAAUGUACACAGUACGUAUGGCGUAUCUCGCCACCAGGUGUGCCGCCAUAAUUCUACAGGAGCGCUACAGGGCACAAAGACUUGGGAUUCAGCAGGCACAAAGAUACAUGGCUAUGAGAUCUGCCGCUGUGAUUUUCCAGGCUGGCUACCGUGCUCAUAUGGUCCGGCAAAAGCUUUCAAAAAUGCAACGAGCCGCCACAAUCAUUCAGAGAUGGUUUCAAGCAUCUCGGGACAGAAGGCACUUCCUGGUCAUCAAGGCUACAGCUUUGCUCUUCCAGAGGACAUAUCGAGCAGUAGUACAGACAAGAGAAAUUCGUUCAGAGUACUUGUUGAGGCGCAGAGCUGCCAUUUCCUUGCAGGCAGCCUACAGAGGAAUGAAGGAUAGACAGCAUCUGCAGCUGCUGCAUAGGGCAGCUGUCAAAAUCCAGUCCUAUUUCCGCAUGUUGCGACAGAGAACGUACUACAAGAAUCUUCACUGGGCCACAACCACAGUGCAGUGCCGCUACAAGAAUAACAAGAAGAUGAGAGAGAAGAUAUUGACUCUUAAUGCACAGAAAAAUGCUGCGGUUGUGCUGCAAGCGGCCUUCCGUGGAAUGAAUAUCCGGCGGCUUGUGAGAAGAAUGCACCAGGCUGCCAGUGCUAUUCAGCAAGCUUACAGAGCCCAUUGUGAACGCAAAUGCUAUCUUACCCUGAAAUCAUCAGCUCUUACUCUUCAGCGAUGCUUCAGGGCCAAUUUGGCUGCCAAACAUCAGUUGCAGCAUUAUCAACAAAUAAGGAGGAGUGUGAUCUUGCUCCAGGCAGCUUACAGAGGCCAACAAGCUAGAAAAGAGAUUUCCCGCCAACAUCGAGCUGCAACAGUGAUCCAGGCCUCAUUUAGGAAGCACAGGGAGCAAGUCAAAUUCAAGGCUAUGCGGCUCUCUACCAUCAUACUCCAGAGGAAUUACAGGUCAUUGAUUCUUAAGAGAGCUGACAGGGGACACUUCCUUAAGGUCAAACAGUCUGCCAUCGUCCUUCAAGCUGCUUUUCGAGGGAUGGUGUCAAGGAGAAAUACAAACCAAAUGCACCAGGCCGCCAAUACUAUCCAACAAGCAUACAGAGCCCAUUGUGAACGUAGAGUGUAUCUUGCCCUGAAAUCCUCAGCCAUAAAGCUGCAGCAACGUUUCAGGGCCAAUUUGGUUGCAAAACAUCAAUUGCAGAAGUAUCAGCAAAUACGCAGGGCUGCUAUCUUGCUCCAGGUAGCUUGCAGAGGCCAACAAGCCAGAAAAACGAUUAUCCGCCAACAUCGAGCUGCAACAGUGAUCCAGGCCUCAUUUAGGAAGCACAGGGAGCAAGUCAAAUUCAAGGCUAUGCGGCUCUCUACCAUCAUCAUCCAGAGAUACUACAGGUCAUUUACUCUUCUGAGAGCUGACAGAGGACACUUCCUCAAGGUCAAACAGUCUGCCAUCGUCCUCCAAGCUGCCUACAGAGGUCAUUGUGUAAGGAUGAACAUUUCCAAGAUGCAAAGUGCUACAACUGUCAUUCAGGCAAACUACAGAAGGUACAAACAGCAAUCAUGCUUCAGAAGACUCCGCUGGGCAGCCUGCGUUUUACAGCAGAGAUUUAGGUCUCAAAGAAUGCAGAGUUUGGAGAUGAAGCACUAUCAACAUAUAAGAAGAGUGAUUAUCACCCUGCAAGCUGCCUUCCGUGGAAUGAUAGCACGGCAGGCUGUGAGACGAAUGCACCAGGCUGCCAGUGUUAUUCAGCAAGCUUACAGAGCCCAUUGUAAAUGCAAAAGCUAUCUCACCCUGAAAUCAUCAGCUCUCACUCUUCAGCGACGGUUUAGGGCCAAUUUGACUGCCAAACAUCAGUUACAGCAUUAUCAGCAAAUAAGAAGGGCUGUGAUCUUGCUACAGGCAGCUUACAGAGGCCAGCGGGUCCGAAAGGCGAUUUCCCAUCAACAUCAAGCGGCCACAAUGAUCCAGGCCUCAUUUAGGAAGCACAGGGAGCAGGUCAAAUUCAAGGCAAUGCAGCUGUCUACCAUCAUCAUCCAGCAAUACUACAGGUCCUGUGUUCUCCAGAGAGCUGACAGAGGACACUUCCUCAAGGUCAAACAGUCUGCCAUCGUCCUCCAAGCUGCCUACAGAGGUCAUUGUGUAAGGAUGAACAUUUCCAAGAUGCAAAGUGCUACGACUGUCAUUCAGGCAAACUACAGAAGGUACAAACAGCAAUCAUGCUUCAGAAGACUCCGCUUGGCAGCCUGCGUUUUACAGCAGAGAUUUAGGUCUCAAAGAAUGCAGAGUUUGGAGAUGAAGCACUAUCAACAUAUAAGAAGAGCGAUUAUCACCCUGCAAGCUGCCUUCCGUGGAAUGAUAGCACGGCAGGCUGUGAGACGAAUGCACCAGGCUGCCAGUGUUAUUCAGCAAGCUUACAGAGCCCAUUGUAAAUGCAAAAGCUAUCUCACCCUGAAAUCAUCAGCUCUCACUCUUCAGCGACGGUUUAGGGCCAAUUUGACUGCCAAACAUCAGUUACAGCAUUAUCAGCAAAUAAGAAGGGCUGUGAUCUUGCUACAGGCAGCUUACAGAGGCCAGCGGGUCCGAAAGGCGAUUUCCCAUCAACAUCAAGCGGCCACAAUGAUCCAGGCCUCAUUUAGGAAGCACAGGGAGCAGGUCAAAUUCAAGGCAAUGCAGCUGUCUACCAUCAUCAUCCAGCAAUACUACAGGUCCUGUGUUCUCCAGAGAGCUGACAGAGGACACUUCCUCAAGGUCAAACAGUCUGCCAUCGUCCUCCAAGCAUCCUACAGAGGUCAUUGUGUAAGGAUGAACAUUUCCAAGAUGCAAAGUGCUACGACUGUCAUUCAGGCAAACUACAGAAGGUACAAACAGCAAUCAUGCUUCAGAAGACUCCGCUGGGCAGCCUGCGUUUUACAGCAGAGAUUUAGGUCUCAAAGAAUGCAGAGUUUGGAGAUGAAGCACUAUCAACAUAUAAGAAGGGCGAUUAUCACCCUGCAAGCUGCCUUCCGUGGAAUGAUAGCACGGCAGGCUGUGAGACGAAUGCACAAGGCUGCCAGUGUUAUUCAGCAAGCUUACAGAGCCCAUUGUAAAUGCAAAAGCUAUCUCACCCUGAAAUCAUCAGCUCUCACUCUUCAGCGACGGUUUAGGGCCAAUUUGACUGCCAAACAUCAGUUACAGCAUUAUCAGCAAAUAAGAAGGGCUGUGAUCUUGCUACAGGCAGCUUACAGAGGCCAGCGGGUCCGAAAGGCGAUUUCCCAUCAACAUCAAGCGGCCACAAUGAUCCAGGCCUCAUUUAGGAAGCGCAGGGAGCAGGUCAAAUUCAAGGCAAUGCAGCUCUCUACCAUCAUCAUCCAGCAAUACUACAGGUCCUGUGUUCUCCAGAGAGCUGACAGAGGACACUUCCUCAAGGUCAAACAGGCUGCCAUCGUCCUCCAAGCUGCAUUUAGAGGUCAUUUAAUCCGAAGAUCCAUCAAUGAGCAGAAUCAUGCUGCCACCCUGAUCCAGUCCCACUGGCGGAGCUUGGUCCAGAGACUUGCUUUCCAGCGUCUGAGGGACGCAGCCAUGACUCUGCAAAGGAUCCUGCGGGCAGUGUGGCUAGCCAAAGCAAAGAAGCAGCACUACAUGCGCAAUAGAAGAGCUGCCGUGAUACUUCAGACGCACUUCCGAGGCUGGAUCGCAAGGCGGCAGUUGCUGGAGGCUGCUAAGGCAGAGAAAAGGCUGCGUUUUAUUGCAGCAGCAUUGCAUCACAUCAGUGCCAUGAAGAUCCAGAGAGCCCUACGAGCCCACUGGGCUCUGCAGUCCGCCAAGAAAGAGAUCCAUUCGGUCAUCGCCAUCCAGCGGUGGGUAAGGGCGUGGCAGCAGAGGAGACGAUAUUUGGAAGAGAGGAGGAAUGUUGUCACUGUUCAGAGGAUGGCCCGGCGCUGGCUGGCCCGCCGCCAUCGUGCUGCCUCUGUCAUCCAGCACGAGUACAGGAGGUUCCUUCUGCUCAGACGCCAGCAGAAGGUUCUGCAGGGCGUCAUCAAGGCUCAGGCACUGUGGAGAGGGCACCGCUCCCGCAAGCUGAGAGAUGUCCCUAAGGUGGUGGCCGCCAGGCAGCGCCUGCACAAGGUCUCUGCCGGCGUCCGAGAGGAGGACAAGCUGGGCAACAAGACAGCGUCUGCCCUGGAAUACCUCCUUCGGUAUAGGCACUUCUCCUACAUCUUGGAGGCCUUAAAAAACCUAGAGACGGCAACUCGCCUGUCCCCAGAGUGCUGUGAGCGUCUGGUCGAGAGCGGCGCAACACAGGUCAUCUUUUCCCUCAUCCGCAGCUGCAAUCGCAGCGUCCCGUGUAUGGAUGUCAUCACCUUCUCCAUCCAGAUCCUCCUCAACCUCUCCAAGUACCACAAGACUGUAGCAGCGGUUUACUUGGUGGAGAACUCUGUGGAGACGCUGUUGGACUUGCUGCAACGGUACCGCGAGAAGGCAGGGGACAAGGUGGCGGACAAAGGGGGCAGCAUCUUCACCAAGGCCUGCUUCCUCCUAGCCCUCUUACUUCAGGACCGCCAUCGGGCUCUGGAGGUCAGCAAGCUCCCCAAGGCCUUGGACAGGAUCCGUAGCGUCUACCGUCUCACGGCCCGAAAGUAUAAAAUGGAUACGGAGAGAACCAUCAUCAAGCAUAAGAUGAACUCUGCCGGCAGUAGCAGCAGCUUCUUGGCCCAACCCACGCCUCGGAAAUCCCGGCCAGUGCGAAGAUUUGCACCAGACUGGGUUCUACAAAAGGAUAAGCUCCGAGACAUUGUGGACCCACUCGGCGCCAUUAAAAUGGUAGCAGAUACUUUUUCAAUUGUUUUAUAAAAAUAAUGUUGAAAUUUUUGUUUUUUAUGUUUCCUGUGUGCAUUUUCCAUCGUAACAAAAAACUUUUGUAAGAAAAAUAUUUUCAUGUUUUAUAUCAUCUAUAUAUUUUCUUUCUUAUUGUGUUUUCUCAUUGUUUACAUAAUAAAGUUGACGGCUUUUUCAAGUA